UCCCGCGACGGUCUCGGUCGAUGUGCUAUCAGUGCUCGCGCCAACUGGCCUAAAAACCACCGAAAAAGAACAUGGAAUCGUGGAAAUCCCCGAGGCCCAGCUAGGAAACGCGAGUGUCGUGCACCCGUGGAAAUUCAAGGAGUCGAUUGUGCUUAUAACCUAGGAUGUCAGGAGGUGGGCCGAUCUAGAAGGUGGGACAGGUAUAGCGUGCCGGCGGGUUAGUUGAAGCUGCAGCAUGGACUACUACCGGGACCAGGAGGAGCCGCAGUCGAUGCCGAUGUACCCCCCGGGGCAGGGGGCCGGGCCGGGGAUCCGGCCCAAGGUGGACCCGGAGGCCCUGGGCGAGGUCGACCCCUCGGCCUACCCGCAGCCCAAGGAGGCCACGCACAAGAUCCGCGGCAAGUCCGACAUCAUCGAGCUCCUCUUCGGCACCGUCGACCAGGAGCUCCUCACCGUCAAGACCUUCUACUUCUUCUUCUACUCCGCCUUCGGCUCCCUCUUCCCGCUCAUGGGCGUCUACUUCAAGCAGAUGGGCAUGAACCCCGGCCAGUGCGGCCUCCUCAUCGGCUCCCGCCCGUUCGUCGAGUUCCUCGCCGCCCCUUUCUGGGGCAGCCUUGCUGACAGGUGGCAGAAGGGACACACGCUGCUGCUGGUCUCGCUGUCUUGCUGGAUCAUCUUCACGCUUCCUCUGGGGUUCAUGCAGCCGCCGGCGACGUCCUGCAUCCGCCGCAACGCCACCGACUGGACCCUCGAGGCCCCCGAGACCCCGCAGCGGCUCAUGAAGCGCGAGGCCCCCGCGUGGGCCCUCGACAUGGGCCCCGGCGCCGCCGCCCUCCACGACCUCGAGCCCUUCUCCCGACAGCUCGUGCGCGCCAAGCGGGGGACGCGCCCGCGGCUCACCCCCGGCAAGUCCCCGCUCGACGUCAGCUACGCCUCCAACUACAACCACGAGGAGCAGAAGAACUGGGUCUCGCCCUUCUUCAGCUCUAUCGUCUAUCGCACACAGGACAUCAACAAGGCGUUCUUCCUGCUGCUCCUGCUGGUGGUGAUCGGGGAGUUCUUCUCGGCGCCGGCGAUCACCCUGGCCGACUCGGCGGUGAUCACGCUGCUGGGCGAGGACGCGGAUCGCUACGGGCACCAGCGGAUGUUCGGCUCCCUCGGCUGGGGCCUGGCCAUGUUCUUCGUCGGCAUCGCCCUCGACCACUCGACCUCUUUCCCGGACCACCCCUGCGGCCCCAACGAGCGCGAGAAGAACUACACCAUCUGCUUCGCCACCUUCUCCGUCCUCAUGGGCGCCGCCCUCAUCACCGCCACUCAGAUUAACUUCAAAUACGAGCCACCGGUGGAGGUAGAACAGGAGCCUCCGGUGGCACCGCCUCCUCCGUCGCGGGAGGACUAUCUCCAGCAGGAGCUGGCGCAGCAGCUGAAUCUACCCUCGCUGGCUAGCGGAACUACCGGAACUACCGGAACUUACGGCCAGUCCGAUGCCAACAAACCACUACCCAAUCUCGGCAAGACGAAAAUGUUCGCGCAAACUACUCGCGAGAUCCCAGAGUGGGUCACAGUUCUGAAACACUUCGCCAAUUUGAAGUGCGGUUCCUUUCUCUUCGUCGCCUGGUUCAUGGGAUUCGGAAUUGGCCUCAUUUUCACGUUCCUCUUCUGGCAUUUACAGGAUUUUGGAGGGACCCCAACAUUAUUCGGUGUGGCCUCUGUGAUAAACCACAUUUCGGAGAUAUUCGCUUACUUCUUCAGCUUUAAAUUGAUCAGGCAGAUGGGUCACGUAAAAGUCCUAUGUCUUGGUUUGGGUGGGAACAUAGUUAGAUUCCUUUACAUCUCUUGGCUAAAAGACCCUUGGUGGGUUCUACCUUUCGAAUUCAUUCAGGGAAUCACCCAUGCGGCUGUGUGGGCCGCCUGCUGCUCGUACAUCGCUCACAACACACCGCCACAACUUCGUGGCUCCGCCCAGGGCGUCCUCCAAGGCCUCCACCACGGAUUGGGUCGUGGUUGCGGUGCUGUUUUCGGUGGCAUCUUCGUCACAUACUACGGCACGACUGCAACUUUCCGGGCUUACGGUGUCUUGUGUAUGCUCGUUUUAGCUGGUUUCAUAUUUAUCAACUUCUAUCGAAAAGAUCUUGGUUUCUUAUCCGACAUUCCUGUCACGGAAGACCCACAUCAGGUGGCCGAAGAAACGGCCCAUCUGGCGCCGCACGGGGUUCCCAGCAAUCCUAUACCGCGAGCGCUGUCUAGUCAACGUUUACAUGAACUGGGCGGCCAAGAUCAACAAGCCUACAACAACGCCACCUACGGCACAACUGGCGGGAACCUGGACAUUCCUGGGGGACAAGGAGGCUACAGCACGAAUCCAUUCAGAACAGGAAAUGAUACAGGAGGUGGAUACACGAACUAUGGACAAUCAUAUAGAACCGCCCCCGAAAAAAUACAAAAUCAGUUUCAGCAAUACAAUGAAAUUCUAUCUCGCUCUGACGACAAAGUGGUGGACAGUGUGGCCAAACCUUUGACAAACGUGUUCGCUCAGCAACCAGUAGACGCACCUCGAAUUUACGACUGGUGAAAAUUUACGGCCGAUUCCUAUUAGUCCAGGUUGACAACUAUUAGAAAAGUGACAUUGGGGGUACAUUUCUAAUAGAAGCCCAAUCUUUUUCAACGAUUCGAAAGGAACUUCAUUACCUCCAACUGUCUCCAAGCAUAAGACCCUUGGUGAUAACGAACCAUAAUUCAUCAAAAUGAAAUUAGUGUCAUGUGGAUAGUAGUGAUUGCAAAAAAGUUUGAAAUCUUAACCGUAAACUAGUAGUUGACAAUACUCUCUUCAAGCAGACUUUUUAAUUACAGCAAGCAAGUAAUUACUCAUUCCAAUGGCUGAAUCUAUUCUGUCAGUCCAAGUAGAACUUAAUACAAAGUAGUAGGGACGGAGAUAUUUAAAGAUAAAUUGUUGGAGAAAAAUUCAUUAUUUCCGUUUAACGCAAAUCAGACAUAUUUGCGCUCAUCAUUUUUAGGGAAUGUAAUAAGCCCUUUAAAAAUGUCUCUCUUUCAUAAUUGUAGCAAUGGCCCUGACUUAGGUACUCUAAAAGUCUCGUACUGACAAUGAGCCUCUUCGCCGACUGCCGGCCGUUUUUAGUCUAAAGACUGACCCUCAUAAGGGAAUAGACAUGAUGACUAUUAUUCAUUCUACAAGGCUGAGCAUGCUGUGUCAGCUUGCUAGAAAAAAGUCAUGGAAAGAGUUGUUCAUGGCGGUUUUAUUCUAUCAUUUCUUUUUAAAUUGCAUUCAUAUGCAGUAGAUAUUUUCUCUAUUUAUUAAGUAUCCGUGGCGAGGCGUGAAUGAUCGAUUAUCGAUAUGCACCAUUUGAAGCUGUGGUAGAGGAUCGAUUAUUACUAUCGAUCCUAUUCCAUGAGUUUAAAUGACAGAUUAAUCGAUAUAUCGCAAAGUGCGUCACGCCACUGUUAAGUAUCAUUGAAUGUAAUAUUUUUGUGGCGUUAUUUGUGAAGAUGUAUAUUUGUUCGCUUCCAGCUCUUUCUCUCCUCCUUCCUUUCGUCUCUCUCUCUCUCUUUCUCCCCCUCCUUUGAUAUUCAAAUGUUUUGAUGUUUCCUUUUUUAGGUGUUUUUUCUGGUUCUUUUAUUGCGUCCAAAAUGCCUAAGAUAUGCGUAUUUGCGUUCCUUUACAUCCGCAGUUAUCACACAUGAAUACCAUCGCACCAUUUCCUUGCACAAUCCUCUCCUCAGUUUUUAAAGCACGUUUGUUUUAUAAUUGUAUAUGAAUCAGUCAUUUUUCCUUUUUUAUGAGAGAAUAUUUUGUAAAUAUCAUUUUGUUGAAUAAGUGUGCUGUGAUGUCACGCAUACAUGGAUGAUUUUUUUCCUAGAGACAAAUACGUUGAAUUACUUUUCUCAUCCUCUGUAUUAAAAGCCAAAUAUAUGAUUUUAAGGGAGUGAAUUAAGGAAAAUGACAAGCUCAACAUACAGGAAAAUUUUAGAAUUUAGACUGAGAAUUACCUUAAUCAUCGUUCUGAUGUAGCUCGCAUAAGAUCUUGGAGCAAUCCACAUAAUACGUUUCGGGUGCAUAAAUCAAUAUGUUACAUCAUGAUAUCUCGUAAAAAUAUCUCAAAAACACAUGAAUGACUUUGUAGCGAGAUACGAGCGUUUUAAUGUACUUUCCGAGGAGGAAAAACUGUUUUUAAGAUUAAUAUUUUAAUUUAUCAGCAUGUAACGUAAGCAGACAAAUUACGGCAUUAGCGUCUUCUAAGAUUUACGUCAACCUGAUAUUAGGCGUAAGUGCGAAUUCUUCGGAAUAUCGCAGUUUCAGCAUAAUUUCUUUCAUGAUUUCAUGUAAAAUUCAAUGACAAAAAUGCACCAAAGUAUCUAAAUUACCUGUUCAUUCCACGAGGGAACUACGCAUCGUGUGAUGGCAAAAUCGUACACUGCCCGUGUUUCUUUACAUUUAUUUUGGUCUACCACUAACAGCGAUCGUUACAAAACAGUUCAGUAGUUUAAAGUAGACCGGAGAAAAUAUGGGAAGAAAAAAGUUUGGAGCAAUUUGUAAAUAAGCGCCGUGUUGACGCGCGUGCAACUAUUCUGACGUUGCUGCAUAUUUUCUGCCUAUCCGUUUGAUUUGAAGGCAUUUUAACGAGACGAGUGCAAGUGAUUCCAUCCCAUACAGAAUUCGGACUCGUAAUCGAAAUAAGUUCAAUAAUCUGAUUUCAGAGUUGAGCAUAGGCAAGGUACCCCUGUUAAAUUCGCAGCUUUUCUUUCCUAUCCGCCUGCUACUUUUUUAGCACUUGCUUUCGCUUAAUUUUGUACCCGCUUAGAUACAUGAAACGCUCGCUAACGAACCUGUAAAUACUGCUACAUUGAUCUCGUCUCAUUCUCGGUAUGAGUGAGCUUAACUGUAAGUAAAGAACAAAUAACUUGUUAAUUAAUUUAUAAAGCUGUUGUACUUUUGUUUUGUUUUAAAUUUUUAUGGAAA